UCUUACUCCUUCCUCGUCGGCCGGCCCGCGCCACAAGCUCAGCAGCCGCCGCCUCCGGAGAUGUACUCCCCGCCCCACGCCGCCGACUCCGACUCCGAGGGCUCCCUCCUGUCCGACGUCUCCGCCUCCCCGCCACGCCGCCGCUCGCCGCCUCGCCCAUCUCCGCCUGCGCCACCGCCCAAGCGCCGUCCUAGGCCCGCCCCUACCCCUACCCCUACCCCAGCGCCCAAGCCCAAGGUCAAGCGCACGCCGUCCGCUGUCCCCGCCCCGCCGCCUGCGAUCCGGGCCGCCGCGCUCUCCGACCCGCAUGGACUCGCCGCGCGCAUUGCCGCCGGCCCCGCUGUUACCGCGGCGUCCAGCACGGUCUCCUCCUCGUCUUUCCGCCGUCUCGUCCAGUCGCGCAACCCCUCCUUCGAUCCGUCCACCGCCUUCACGGCUCCAGCCGCUGCCCCCUCCGAGGUGCCAAGCGCCGCGCCAUGCCUGGCCCCGGCCACCGAAGCGCCGCCGCAGGCCAGGCCCAAGCGGAUGCACCCCAAUUCAGUGUCGGAGGUACCCGCCGCGACGGCGGCGGAGCAGCCGAAGCGGCCAAGAGGGGGAUCCGAGGGCAACUUCGUGCGGCUCAACAUCAACGGGUACGGCCGGAAGAGGACUUUCAAGAAUGCGCAGGCCAGGCGCUCGACGAAAUACCGCUCCUGGCGGCGGCAACGCGCCGCCGGUGCAGUACCACGGGCCCAGGGCGACGAAGAAGGGGAGUUUGUGGCGGAGGCCCUGCUGGAACGGGAGAAGAAGGCAGCUAGCGAUAGUGUUUUGGAGGCUGUCGAGAGUGUGAGAGAGGACCCAUCGGAGCAAAAUCUCCAGAGCUUGCUGAAGGCAGCAUAUGGGUUCGAUUCGUUCCGUGAUGGGCAGCUUGAGGCGAUCCAGAAUGUUGUUGCAGGGGAGUCAACAAUGCUUGUGCUGCCCACUGGUGCUGGCAAAUCGCUAUGCUAUCAGGUGCCUGCUAUGAUUUUGCCUGGACUGACACUGGUGGUGAGUCCACUCCUUUCCUUGAUGAUUGAUCAAUUGAGGAAGCUCCCUGCAUUUCUACCAGGCGGUCUUCUUGGUAGCAGUCAGACGUCUGAUGAGUUUCAUGAUACGCUACAAAGGCUGCGUGCAGGGGAAAUAAAGGUGCUUUUUGUUUCCCCUGAGAGAUUCUUGAACGAAGAAUUUCUCUUGAUAUUCAGGGACACACUACCAAUAUCUCUUGUGGCGAUUGAUGAAGCCCAUUGCAUUUCUGAAUGGUCACAUAAUUUCAGACCUUCAUAUCUGAGGCUUCGAGCAUCACUGCUUCGGAGAAAGCUGAACGUUCAAUGUAUUCUUGCAAUGACUGCAACUGCAACAACCCAAACCUUGGAGGAGAUAAUGAAUGCCUUGGAAAUACCAUCUGGUAAUCUCAUCCAAAUGUCUCAAAUAAGGGAAAACCUACAGCUGUCUAUCAGCACAAGUGAUAACAGACUAAAGGAUUUGAUUUUGUUACUGAAGUCUUCCCCUUUUGUUGACAUGAAAAGUAUUAUUGUCUAUUGCAAGUUUCAGGCAGAAACUGAUUUUGUCUCGAAGUACUUGUGUGAUAACAACAUUACUUCCAAGAGCUAUCAUAGUGGACUUCUGAUGAAGAACAGGAGCCGUGUACAGGAGCUCUUUUGCUCUAACAAAAUAAGAGUGGUUGUUGCAACUGUGGCAUUUGGCAUGGGUCUUGAUAAGAGUGACGUCGAAGGGGUGAUUCACUAUAGCCUGCCAGAAAGCUUAGAAGAAUACAUCCAGGAAACUGGCCGUGCUGGGAGGGAUGGACGGUUAUCACACUGUCAUCUACUUCUUGAUUCAGCGACAUUCUAUAAAAUCCGUAGUCUUUCACACAGUGAUGGUGUUGAUGGAUAUGCAAUGAGCAAAUUUCUUUACCAGAUAUUUUCCUCUGAAAACACAACAGGAUGUAUUUGUUCCUUGGUUAAAGAGUUGACCUCACGCAAGUUUGAUAUAAAGGAAGAGGUGCUUUUGACAAUUCUCACUCAGCUGGAAAUUGGUGAUCAGCAAUACAUCCGAUUACUUCCUCAGUUCAGUGUUACCUGCACAUUGUAUUUUCACAAGACAUCACCACAACUGCUUGCUGACAAGGAUAUACUAAUUAGAUCGGUUUUAAAUAGAUCAGAGAUGAAGGAUGGACAUUAUAUCUUUGACACACCAAGAAUUGCUAAUGAUCUGAAGAUCACUAUGAAUGAAGUAUUUGACCACCUGCAUAAAUUAAAGUUUUCAGGAGAAGUUUCAUUUGAAUUGAAAGACCCUGCCUACUGUUAUGUGAUCUUGUGGAGGCCAGAUGACGUCAAUGCUCUUUCAACAAAUCUCACGAAAUGGCUUUCUGAAGUUGAGAGCUCAAAGAUCAGGAAAUUAGAUGCUAUGUUUGCUCUUGCAAACUUUGCUGUAAAUGGGUGUAAAAGGACUGGUGGAUGCACUGGUUCCCAGCACACUCCGUGCAUUCAAAAGAAGAUUAUGGAAUACUUCAGCAAGGGUGACGGCACAUCAGAGAGUGGUUGCAGCACUCAGUUGCAGAAGAGCAGCCCAUUCUUGCAAGCCGAUAUAAAGGUGUUUAUUCAAAGCAACUCAUUCGCAAAAUUCACCCCGAGAGCUGUUGCAAGGAUCAUGCACGGCAUCUCGAGCCCUGCUUUCCCGUCUGCCACUUGGUCCAAAAAUCACUUCUGGGGACGUUAUGUGGAGGUUGAUUUUCCGUUGGUCAUGGAAGCAGCCAAAGCUGAGCUGGUUAAACUUGUUGGAAAAGGAGAAUAGUCUUAGUACCUGGCGAUCAAGAACAGCUCUUGCCCAGCUACCUGUACAUACUCGCAUGCUUGCAAGUGACUGCAGCCACCAAAUCAAAUAUAGACAUCUAAAAGAGGCCGUAAAGAAGACAUUGCUGCUCUACAGACUACAGCAAGCAUCCUUCUGCAGCAAAAGACCCAAGAUUUGCCUCAAGCUUGCCUCAAGGUGAAAUCUACAGAAAGGUACGAUUCAAUAUGGAGCAAGAAUGGAGUGUCGCGGAAGUAACAGUCAGAAAGCAGAACCAUUCUUCUACAGAAAACACUGCUCCAUAUCUGUUCUUUUUCACUGCCCUUUUUGAUUCAAAAAGGGAAUAAAAAGGUAGGCCAUCUUCUAGUUUUUUCAUGAAAAAUGCGAAACGAUAUAUUUAUAAAUAAAACUUUUA